UUCGUCGCACCCGCAACCUGAAACACGGUAUAAAAUCCACCGUCUUCGUAACAUUAAGCUAUUUUCUUUCGGUGAAGACUUGCAAGAUCCUGCUAAUGAUUCGAAAGGUAUUUCUGUUAACAAUGAUGUUGGUAGGAAUUUUGAGCGAACCUCAAGGACCUGCCUAUCUUCCACCUACGGGAACACGUCCAGCUACUGGUGGUCACCCUGACGAGUGGGUCGGUGAUCCGGCAAAUUACGAAUUUUCAUACGAAGUCGAAGACGCGGUAGCUGGAUUAAAUUUUGGCCACCACGAAUCACGAAAAGAUAACGAAGCAACUGGAGCUUAUCACGUAUUAUUACCAGAUGGUAGAACACAAAUUGUUGAUUACAUCGCCGACAAUGGUGGUUACAGGCCCAUGGUACGAUACGAAGGAACAGCAACUUAUCCAGCUCCAGGAUCUGGUCCAAGGGUAUCCCCUGGAGGAUCUACCAGUAACGAGGGAUAUAGAUAUUAGAGAUUUACAUUGAAAUUGAUUUUUCAAUAAAAGGUAAAGAUGAAAAUUUAAGAGAUAAUC